UCAGGGCUGCUCCUCCACUUCACUCAGCUGCCUUAUUAGGGUUCGCCUUGACAGCAGUCCAAGGUCUAAGCAAAGUGCUGGUAGCUAGAUGAAUGACAAUAAAUUUAUUUUCCAGCAGAGGGACUGAAAUCCGAUCCCUGCGAGGAGUUUCCUGUCGGAAUCGGAUAGAAAGCUGCAGGUGACUGGAUCUUCGAGCUGGGACCGGACUCUUUGCGGGACCAUCCAUCACGCCAGGACCUACAGAAGCCGCUGAGCGGGAGCGUUUGAUCCUCACCUGUACCCCCAGCUAUAAGGAGAGAUGCCCCGGCACUUCCCUCGCCUUAACAUUUCGGAGGUGGAUGAGCAGGUCCGGCUCCUGGCGGAGAAAGUCUUUGCCAAAGUUCUUCGGGAGGAGGACAGCAAGGAUGGCUUCUCCCUGUUCACCGUUCCGGAGGAUUGCCCGAUCGGACAGAAGGAGGCCAAAGAGAGGGAACUGGAGAAAGAGAUUGCAGAGCAAAGGUCUGCCGAGUCCGUGAAAAGGAAGAAAAGCUUCAAAAUCAUCCGAUCUCAGUCCCUCCAGCUCCAGAUGCCACCGGUGGACUGGAAGUCUCCCUCUACCAUCACACCCAUCCCAUCGCCAGUAUCUCCCGUCCAACCGGCUCUGCCCGUCCAGCGAGGCCAGGAGCAAGCUGUCGAGAUUCCCUACGAGGGUCUGGAAUUCCAGCGAGUGACCAUUAGUGGCGAUUAUUGUGCCGGGGUGACCGUUGACGAUUAUGAGCAAGCCGUGGUCAAGCUCGCCAAAGCCCUGCUGAUACGAGAAAAAUACUGCCGGCUGGCGUACCAUCGCUUCCCCAGAACCACCGCCCGGUACCUGUGCACGGCGAACGACGAAAGCUGGAAACUGGAAGACGAGGUGUACCCAGAGUUCAACCCUCCCCCCGAACACGGAGAUGUCUACAACCUGGAGAACAUCCCCCCAAAUCUUAACUACGUGGUGAGAAUGAAGGGCGGGAUCCCCUACAUCUACGACAACAAAGAGGCGGCCGACGCAAAUGACCCCCGCAGUCUGCCCUACCCCGACAUGGAGACCUACACGCUGGACCUCAGCCACGUCCUGAUGCUCAUCGCCGACGGUCCCACGAAGACGUACUGCCACCGCAGAUUGAACUUUCUGGGCUCCAAGUUUAACCUCCAUGAGAUGCUGAACGAGAUGUCAGAACUGAAGGAGCUGAAAAGUGUGCCCCACCGCGACUUUUAUAACGUCAGGAAGGUGGACACUCAUAUUCACGCUGCGGCCUGUAUGAACCAGAAGCAUCUCCUGCGCUUCAUCAAACACACGUAUCGCACAGAAUCCGACCGAGUGGUGGCCGAGAAGAAUGGGCAGAAGAUGACCCUGAAGGAGCUGUUUGAGAGCCUUCACAUGCACCCGUAUGACCUCACCGUUGACUCUCUAGAUGUGCAUGCGGGGCGGCAGACUUUUCAUCGCUUUGACAAGUUCAACGCCAAAUACAACCCGGUGGGAGCCAGCGAGCUGCGAGAUUUGUACCUGAAGACGGAGAACUACAUAGAGGGGGAGUACUUUGCCCGAAUUAUCAAGGAAGUGGGCGGAGAGUUGGAGGACAGUAAGUACCAGUAUACAGAACCGCGGUUAUCCAUCUACGGCCGCUCCCCGGGUGAAUGGGACAGCUUGGCCGGCUGGUUCAUCAAACAGAAAGUGUACUCGCCCAACAUGCGCUGGAUCAUCCAGGUCCCCCGAAUCUUUGAUAUCUUCAGUACCAAGAAGAUUCUUCCCAACUUCGGCAAAAUGUUGGAGAAUAUUUUCCUCCCCUUGUUUGAGGCAACAAUCAAUCCGUCCGACCACAAGGAGCUUUACCUCUUCCUGAAUUAUGUGACGGGGUUUGACAGCGUGGAUGACGAAUCCAAACACAAUGAUCACAUGUUCUCCAACAAGAGCCCCAACCCUGACUUGUGGACGCAUGAGCAGAACCCUCCUUACAGCUACUACUUGUAUUACAUGUACGCCAACAUCAUGAUCCUCAACAACCUGCGCAAAGAGAGAGGGAUGAGCACUUUUCUCUUUCGACCACACUGCGGUGAAGCCGGCUCCAUCACCCAUCUGGUGUCAGCAUUUUUAACAGCGGACAACAUUUCCCAUGGGCUGAAUCUUAAGAAGAGCCCAGUGCUGCAGUACCUGUAUUACCUGGCACAGAUCCCCAUCGCCAUGUCUCCGCUCAGCAACAAUAGCCUGUUCCUGGAAUAUUCCAAAAACCCGCUGAGAGAAUUCCUCUACAAAGGCCUCGUCGUGUCUUUGUCCACGGAUGACCCCAUGCAGUUCCACUACACCAAGGAAGCGCUGAUGGAAGAAUACGCCAUCGCCGCCCAGGUAUGGAAGCUGAGCACCUGCGACUUGUGUGAGCUUGCCAGGAACAGCGUCCUGCAAAGUGGCCUCUCCGACAAGGAGAAGAAGCAUUUCCUGGGAACCAAUUACCUGAAGGAGGGUCCGGAAGGGAACAGCAUCAGCCGCACCAACGUGGCCCAGAUCCGCAUGGCUUACCGACACGAGACUUUAUGCAAUGAGCUCAGCUUCUUAACGGACGCUAUGAACUCGGCGCAGCUCGCCCUGGCUCAGGCGGAUUGAGGCGACGCACCGUCCCAGACCUUACCACG